CCCAGCUGCAGUUUCGUGUGGAUCGAGCGCGUGCGUGCAUGUGGCACACAAAUAGUAAACCCUGUGACUGUUGUUAUUUAAAAAGUGUUCUCGAUUCUCGUGAUCUAUGGUUUUCUAAGUUUUUAAUUUCCGCAAACAUUUUUUGUAACACGUCCAAGAAUCCUCCAAAUGGCGCGAAAAAAACUAACAGUUGUGUGUGAAUGUGAAAUAUUAAGUUAAAAUGACAGUUACUAACUAGUGAUGUGCCCAAAGUCUGCUGUUGAAAAUAGUUAUCGAUAAAAAAGUGCGACAUACAGUGCAUACAAAAUGGAAUCUCAUAAUUCAACAUUAGCCACAAUAUACCCAAGAGAAGCCACUAUUAUGGCUGCAGUGUGCGCUAUAAUUUUUAGUAUAAUUGGUGUUUUAGGCAACUUCAUCACGACAGUCGCGCUACUCAUGCACCCGAAGCUGCGCGGGCACGUGACCACCAUGUUCGUGCUCUCCCUCUGCGUGUCAGACCUGCUGUUCUGCAGCAUCAACCUGCCACUGACCGCCAGCCGCUACGUCAAGGAGCGCUGGGACUUCGGGGACCAGCUGUGUCAGAUGUUCGCCUUCGUGUUCUACGGCAACGAGGCUGUCAGUCUGCUGUCUAUGGUCGCGAUUACCAUUAAUAGAUACAUACUAAUCGCGUACUACGAUAUGUACUCACAAAUAUACACGACGACCAAGAUAUGGGUGCAGUUGUUCCUAGUCUGGCUUGUGUCAUUUGGCCUUAUGGUACCGCCACUACUAGGCAUCUGGGGCCGCCUGGGGCUGGACACGGAGACCUUCUCCUGUACCAUCCUGCGGAACCACGGCCGCUCGCCCAAGAAGUACCUCUUUGUGUUCGGGUUCGCGCUGCCGUGUGUCGUGAUCAUCGUGUCCUACUCGUGCAUCUAUUGGAAGGUGCGGCAGAGCAAGCGGAAACUUGAGGGCAGAAGGUGUGUAUGUGGCAAACUGAGCGGGCAAACAGCGAAAGAGAAAGAAGAGGACUCUCGCCUGACGACCCUGAUGCUGACCAUCUUCCUCUGCUUCCUCGCCUGCUUCCUGCCUCUGAUGAUCAUGAACGUCGCCGACGAUGGCAUCAAGUACCCUUGGCUCCACAUCAUAGCGUCCAUCUUAGCGUGGGCCUCCUCCGUCAUCAACCCGUUGAUCUACGCGGCGACCAAUAGACAAUAUAGAGCAGCGUAUGGUAACCUUCUUAAGUUCUGUCAGAAUAAUCCAGUGACCAGAAGGACCACUUGGGGUAGCAGGACGGUGGGGCACUCGUCUAAUUCCCCCCAUUAUGCUGAAAAGAGAAAUCCGCUGAAGCCGGAUAUGCCGACGAAAUUAUGAAAAUAGAACGUUGGAGAGGGGAUUAAGUUCUUGUUGGGUGAUCUCAGUUUGAAUCCAAAGUUGGCCGAACAAUUUAUUGAGAAAAUCCUUAACUAAAUUAUGACAAUGGUAUACAA